GGGGCCCGCCGUGGGGCCUGCCGGCGCCGUCGCCGCGCAUGCGCGACUGGCACAGGCAGCUGGCUGCCACCCCCGAUGGCAGGCGGAUCGACCCGUGGCGGUUUGAGGCGGGCGCCGCCGCGGACGCCGCCGCCUGCGGCAGGCCCGUCACGGCGGACGGCGGCCUCGGAGGUGGCAGGUCGCCACGAGGCCGCGCCCUGCCCCGGCGAUCGCCAGCGCUGCCGCCCUACCCGCAG